AUGCCAAUAUCACGUUUUCGAUUUAUAUCUUUAAGCUUCAAGGCGCCGCGACUAACUUUCACAAAUACUUCAUUUAAUAUUCUUAAAAGAGAUUACACGACACAGGAUGUGAUAUCUUUUUACGAUGAUAAAGUGACAAAGUCUGCACGAUAUACACGAUCAGAAUUGCCCGUUCGACUGGCUAGACGUGUGAAAGCGCUGCAAAAUUUACCGUUUAUUGUAGGCACGAAUCCCUAUAUCAAAAGUGUUUAUCGAUUAUAUUUUAAUUCUUUUGAGGCUAUUCGUGGUUUUCCCGAGAUUACGAGUAUCGAAAAAGAUGCAGAGUUUGCCGCACUUUUAAAAGAAACUGUUGAUCUACAUGCGGUGAAUAUUCCUACAUUAGCUAAAGGUUUUCAAGAAUGUAGAAAGUACAUGAAUUCAGAAGAUAUUAAGUUUUUUUUAGAUGAUAUGAUUCGGGCACGUAUUGGUAUCAGACUAAUCGCCGAACAGCAUAUUGCAUUAUAUAACGCAUUACAUAAUGAUCAUGAUCCAAAUUUCAUUGGGAUUAUAAAUACACGUAUGCGACCCGAGAAACUAAUCGAACAAUGCGCGAAAUUUGUGCAUGAAUUAUGUGAACUUCAUUAUGGCUCUGCCCCGGAAACAAUAAUCGAUGGACAAAUAGACACCACGUUUAUGUACGUGCCAGUUCAUCUCGAGUAUAUUAUCACGGAGAUAUUAAAAAAUUCACAUCGUGCCACAGUGGAAUAUAGUCAAAAGAUUAAUAGAUAUGAUUUACCACCAAUUCAAGUCACCAUCUCUCAAGGAAAAAAUAAUAUUGGAAUUCGUGUAAGAGAUCAAGGUGGCGGUGUUUCGGCCAAAGAUUUGCCCUCGAUUUUUGAUUAUUCGUUUACUACUGUGCCACGAGAUGAACAUGAAGAUCAUCCGACAAAUAAUAUUCUGGCGGGAGUCUCAACAAUGGCUAUGCAAGCUGGAUUGGGAGGACCGAUCGCUGGAUUAGGAUACGGUCUUCCACUGGCACGUAAUUACGCAGAAUAUUUUGGAGGCUCGAUGCAUUUGAUGUCGCUACAUAGUCAUGGAUGUGACGUAUUUUUAUAUCUCAAACAAAUUGAUGAAUCUUUAGACCUGCAAAUUUAA